GGAAGGGGAACGUAGCAAGUAACGCACAUUUGCCUAGUGAGGCGCCGUCAUUGCUGAGGAAAGCGCUGCCGAGGAGGGAAAGUUAAAGUUCCAGCAAAAUGGAUGCGGACCUGUAUGAUGAGUUUGGGAAUUAUAUCGGCCCAGAGCUUGAUUCUGAUGAUGAUGAUGAUGAAACAGGUCGCGAUUCAAAGGAUCUUGAUGAGGAUGAUGAUGAUGAUGAUGAUGAUGAGAUGGGAGACCACGAUGAAGACCAUCCUGGGAUGGAUGUGGUUUUGCAUGAGGAUAAGAAAUAUUAUCCGACUGCUGAGGAGGUCUAUGGUCCAGAGGUGGAGACUAUAGUACAGGAGGAAGACACACAGCCUCUGACAGAACCUAUUAUUAAACCAGUGAAGACGAAGAAAUUUUCUCUUAUGGAACAAACACUGCCAGUCACAGUGUAUGAAAUGGACUUCCUAGCAGACUUGAUGGACAACUCGGAAUUGAUCCGGAAUGUUACACUUUGUGGGCACCUACACCAUGGCAAGACCUGCUUUGUGGACUGCCUGAUUGAACAGACUCAUCCUGAGAUCAGGAAACGGUACGACCAGGAUCUUUGCUAUACAGAUAUUCUGUUCACUGAACAAGAGAGGGGAGUUGGGAUCAAGAGCACACCGGUGACCAUUGUUCUUCCAGACACUAAGGGCAAAUCAUUUCUCUUCAAUAUCAUGGACACACCUGGUCACGUAAAUUUCUCUGAUGAGGUCACAGCAGGUCUUCGCAUUUCUGAUGGCGUGGUGCUCUUCAUUGAUGCCGCCGAGGGAGUCAUGCUCAACACAGAGCGGUUGAUCAAACAUGCAGUGCAGGAGAGGUUGGCAGUGACUGUGUGUAUUAACAAGAUUGACCGUCUGAUACUGGAACUGAAAUUGCCUCCUACUGAUGCCUAUUACAAGCUGCGACACAUAGUGGAUGAAGUAAACGGCUUAAUCAGCAUGUAUUCCACAGACGAGAACCUGAUUCUUUCUCCACUCCUGGGCAACGUCUGUUUUGCCAGCUCGCAAUACAGUAUUUGUUUCACACUGGGUUCCUUUGCCAAGAUCUACACUGACAUGUAUGGAGACAUCAAUUACCAGGAGUUUGCCAAGCGGCUUUGGGGAGACAUCUACUUUAACCCCAAGACGAGAAAGUUCACUAAAAAGGCCCCGACCAGCAGCUCUCAGCGGAGCUUUGUUGAAUUCAUCCUUGAGCCUCUCUACAAGAUACUGGCUCAGGUAGUUGGGGAUGUAGACACCACUCUGCCACAAACUCUGGAUGAACUGGGAAUCCACCUAACCAAAGAAGAGCUGAAACUCAACAUUCGCCCUCUCCUGAGGCUUGUAUGCAAGAAAUUUUUUGGGGAGUUCACAGGUUUUGUGGAUAUGUGUGUGCAGCAUAUCCCCUCCCCAAAAGCAGGAGCAAAGAUCAAGAUUGAACAUACCUACACAGGCGGAGUGGACUCUGAUCUGGGGGAGGCCAUGAGUGAAUGUGACCCAGAUGGUCCCCUAAUGUGCCACACCACGAAGAUGUACAGUACAGAUGAUGGGGUCCAGUUCCAUGCUUUUGGCAGGGUGCUGAGUGGGACCAUCCAUGCAGGGCAGCCUGUCAAGGUCCUUGGAGAAAACUACACUCUGGAAGAUGAAGAGGAUUCACAAAUUUGUACUGUGGGGCGCCUCUGGAUCUCUGUAGCAAGGUACCACAUAGAGGUCAACAGGGUCCCUGCUGGAAACUGGGUGCUUAUCGAGGGAGUGGACCAGCCUAUUGUGAAGACAGCCACAAUCACUGAACCUAGAGGCAACGAAGAGGCUCAGAUAUUCCGUCCCUUGAAGUUCAAUACCACGUCUGUCAUCAAAAUAGCUGUGGAACCUGUAAAUCCCUCUGAGCUACCUAAGAUGCUGGAUGGCCUACGGAAGGUCAACAAAAGCUACCCCUCUCUCACUACCAAGGUGGAAGAAUCUGGGGAACAUGUGAUCUUGGGAACAGGCGAACUAUAUCUUGACUGUGUAAUGCAUGACCUACGGAAAAUGUACUCUGAGAUUGAUAUUAAGGUAGCAGAUCCUGUUGUCACAUUCUGUGAGACAGUUGUGGAAACAUCUUCCUUGAAGUGUUUUGCUGAGACACCCAAUAAGAAGAACAAGAUCACAAUGAUUGCUGAGCCUCUGGAAAAGGGUCUUGCUGAAGACAUUGAGAACGAAGUGGUACAGAUAACGUGGAAUAGGAAAAAGUUGGGCGAGUUUUUCCAGACCAAGUAUGAUUGGGAUUUGCUUGCUGCCCGUUCUAUCUGGGCCUUUGGGCCAGAUGCUACUGGACCAAACAUCUUGGUAGAUGACACCCUCCCCUCAGAGGUUGACAAAACCCUAUUGGGUUCUGUGAAGGACAGUAUUGUGCAAGGCUUCCAGUGGGGGACCAGAGAAGGGCCCCUCUGUGAUGAGUUGAUCCGCAAUGUGAAGUUCAAGAUCCUGGAUGCUGUCAUUGCCCAGGAGCCAUUGCACCGGGGAGGUGGGCAGAUCAUUCCAACAGCCCGGCGAGUGGUGUAUUCUGCCUUCCUCAUGGCCACUCCACGAUUAAUGGAGCCAUAUUACUUUGUGGAGGUCCAGGCCCCUGCUGACUGCGUGUCUGCAGUAUACACAGUCCUGGCCAGGCGUAGAGGCCAUGUCACCCAAGAUGCACCAAUUCCAGGAUCUCCUCUGUACACCAUCAAAGCCUUUAUCCCAGCUAUUGACUCAUUUGGAUUUGAGACAGACCUCAGAACACAUACGCAGGGACAAGCAUUCUCACUGUCCGUCUUCCACCACUGGCAAAUUGUGCCAGGUGACCCCUUGGACAAGAGCAUUGUGAUUCGACCCCUUGAGCCGCAGCCAGCCCCCCAUCUGGCCAGAGAGUUUAUGAUCAAGACCAGGCGCAGGAAGGGACUAAGUGAGGACGUGAGCAUCAGCAAGUUCUUCGAUGACCCUAUGUUACUGGAGCUGGCCAAACAGGAUGUGGUGCUGAACUACCCCAUGUGAUUAUGCUGGAUCAGUUCCCAUUCCCUAACGGACAGGCAAAACUCCCUUGUUCUUGAUGCUGUUGUCCCAUGGCCAAGACUGCUUUUUCCCCAUAACAGUUGUUUUGUAAGGACAGAUCCCUGCCCUUGAUGAUUCUCCUGGACAAACUUAAAAUCGUAAAAUAUGCAUUGUACCAUCCCAGAACCUGCUUCUGUGAGUACAUUUCAGUCUCUUGAGAGAUUUGAUGUUCAAGUCAUCUUAGCUUCUUACAGUAACACUCUUUUCCUAAUAAAAGCAUCUGUUGGAUUUUU